UCAUCGUGCCCUUGGCCCCAUGGACCCCACCAGACGGUCCCCGUCCCCCUGCUUGUCACGGCCCCCCAGCCCCAGGACCCCACCCUGUGAGUUGCUUGGUUAUGUGGGCAUUGAGUCCGUGCUGGACCAGCUGAAGAUCAAGGCCAUGAAGAUGGGAUUUGAGUUCAACAUCAUGGUGGUGGGGCAGAGCGGGCUGGGCAAGUCCACAAUGGUGAACACACUCUUCAAGUCCAAGGUGUGGAAGUCAACACCACCGGGCUUGGGGGGGCCUACGCCCCAGACGCUGAAGCUGCAGUCGGUGACCCACGUCAUCGAGGAGAAGGGCGUGAAGCUGAAGCUGACAGUGACCGACACACCAGGCUUCGGGGACCAGAUCAAUAAUGACAAAUGCUGGGACCCCAUCCUGGGCUACAUCAAUGAACAGUAUGAGCGGUAUCUGCAGGAAGAGAUCCUUAUCACCCGCCAGCGCCACAUCCCCGACACCCGGGUGCACUGCUGCGUGUACUUCGUGCCUCCCACUGGGCACUGCCUGCGGCCCCUGGACAUCGAGUUCCUGCAGCGGCUGUGCCGGGCGGUGAACGUGGUGCCCGUGAUUGCCCGGGCCGACAGCCUGACCAUAGAGGAGCGAGAGGCCUUCAGGCGCAGGAUCCAGCACAACCUGAGGACCCAGUGCAUCGACGUGUACCCCCAGAAGUGCUUCGAUGAGGACAUCAAUGACCAGAUCCUUAACAGCAGGAUUCGGGACCGGAUUCCCUUUGCUGUGGUCGGGGCUGACCGAGAACACCUGGUGAAUGGGAGGUGUGUCCUGGGCCGGAAGACCAAGUGGGGCGUCAUUGAAGUGGAGAACAUGGCGCACUGUGAGUUUCCACUCCUGAGAGACCUGCUUAUCCGCUCCCACCUGCAAGACCUGAAGGACAUCACUCACAAUGUGCACUACGAGAACUACCGCAUCUUCCGACUCAACGAGAGCCACGUGCUGCCCCGCGGGCCGGGCUGGGUGAACCUGGCCCCUGUGCCCCCCGGCUCCCAGGUCAUCCCCAAGGCCUCCAAGGUCCCCGGGUGUGUCCAGGAAGACUCAGAGGAGGAAUUCUGA